CCUCCACAGAACGAUACCUACCCUAAGAAGUUGAGUAAUGUCUGAUCAAAUUAAGAUCGAUACUAGGGAUACGUUUAAAAAAGGGUUUGACUUUUUAUUUAGCGCUGGUGGAGCCUUGGUGGGUUUGGGAAAUUUAUGGAGGUUUCCAUAUCUCUGCUACGAAAACGGGGGUGGGGCGUUUUUGAUAGCAUACUUUAUAUUCGUGGCCAUCGUCGCCUUACCUAUGGUUUUUCUGGAGACUUCUAUUGGUCAAAUUACAAGAAUAGGUCAAUUCAAGGCUUGGAACAUGUUUCCACUUUUGAGAGGUGUUGGUCUCGCUAGCGGAGUAAUUCUGCUGUAUUGCAACAUAUACUACCCGGUGAUACUGGCAUGGGCAUUACGAUAUCUUGUAGCGAGUUUUCACUCACAGCUGGAAUGGACGCAUUGCAACAACGAAUACAAUUCGCCAGAUUGCUUUUCUAUUUUGAAUGUUACGAACGUGACCUUGAAUGAAAAUGCCACAUCUUCAGUUACAGAGUUUUGGGAAAGGAGCAUCUUACACAAAUCUUCGGGUAUAGAUGAAGUGGGUAGUGUACAGUGGCGUUUAUACCUUUGCUUGGCUGUAGUUUGGAUUUUGUGUUAUUUCUGCAUUUGGAAAGGAGUACGAUGGACCGCAAAGAUUGUAUAUUUCACGGCAACAGCACCAAUUAUAAUGAUAAUCAUAAUGAUAGUACGCGGCGCCACAUUGGACGGUGCAGCUAAUGGAAUAACCUACUACCUUCGACCCGAAAUGUCCGAGUUAGCAAACAUAAAGGUUUGGAUGGCUGCAGCAUCCCAGGUCAUCUACUCCUACGGCAUUUGCUUUGGUGCACUCGUAUGUCUCGGAAGUUAUAACAAGAUUAAACAUAACUGCCUGCGGGACUCUCUACUAUUGUUGGUCGUAAACAGCGGGGCAAGCUUUUUGAGCGGUUUUGCUGUGUUUUCUGUUCUUGGUUUUAUGGCUAAAGCUCAGAACACCACUGUGGAAGCAGUUGCCGAAUCUGGGCCUGGUCUGGUGUUCUUGGUUUAUCCACAUGCAUUGUCACUAUUACCUAUCCCACAGUUUUGGUGUGUGUUAUUUUUCCUCACCCUAAUUUUGCUGGGUUUUGAUGGUCAGUUCGUGUAUUUGGAGAGUUGGACAACCGGUGUAAUGGACUUCUUUCCUCGUGUUAAAUCCUUUCGAUUUGGAAAAGAAUUGUUCAUUGCAUCUGCAUCAUUUAUCAUGUGUGUGAUUGGAAUCACAAUGACUACUGAAGGUGGAAUCUACGUGUUUAAUUUGAUAGACAAUUUUGCUGCAGCCGGGUGGUCGACAACAACGUUAUGUGUAUUCGAAGCCCUGGCUGGAGGGUGGAUAGGCAGAGAUGCAUAUUUGGCUUGUUUGGGAAAGAUGCUUAAUCGAGGGCCGAGAGCUCUGCUUUAUUUUAAGUAUUUUUGGAGAUAUGUCACCCCCGCCUCUCUUACAGUGAUGGUUAUUUGCACCCUGUACUUCUACCAACCUGCAACAUACAACAAAGAGUAUGUGUACCCACCAUGGGCACAAUACCUUGGAAUAUCUAUAACAUGCUCGUCCAUUAUUUGGGUGCCAACAAUUGCAAUAUAUGAUCUAGUUACAGCUACUGGAACUUUACAAUCGAGAUUGAAAAGGGCCUGUCACCUACCAGAAUACGUUAGUGAAAACUUGACUGCUAAAUUGACAAGAGAAAAUAAAACCCACAAGCCUGGUGUAAAUGUGACAAUGAAUGAGUUAAAGGAACUCAUUUAGUGUCAACCAUUCAACAAAAUUUUACUUCAUAUAUAUAUAUAUAUAUAUAUAUACACUACAAAAAAUGUUUACUAAAUACUUAGAUUAUAUACAUAUAUACAGAAGGGUUGGGUAAGAUGGGACAUAUUUACAGCAUUACCACAACCACGUGACUUUUAAAUAACGUUGUAAAAUGCGUUUAGGGUAUAUAAGAUUUUUUGGGGUUGUUAACAGUAUCUCAUCUUACCCAACAGUAUGAUAAUUGAUUUUAAAGUUAAUCAAGUAUAAAAAUUUACAGCUUUGUAUGCACUUUCUGAGUAGUUCAUGAGUAUUAUUUUACAGCUUUGUAUGCACUUUCUGAGUAGUUCAUGUAGUUACAAGUUUUUUUUUAUUAAGUUGCAG